GCUCACGACAGGUGCCUGAGCCAUGUCCUUCUGGGAGGUGGUGGGUGGUGGUGAGAAAGGAGGCAUCCUGGUUCGCGAGGGCCAGGCUUUGAAAUCGCCUGAGCUCUCGGAGCGUCUGGCAACAGGCAGCGUGGUGGGAGAGCUGGAGCGCCAGGGCGAACGCUUGAGGUACUGCUUGCUGCGGGGGGAGGGGCCAGUGGAAGGCUGGGUGAGUUUGAAGGUGGCGGGCAAGGAUCUCAUCCAGCCCUGUUCGGAUCCGGCUGGGCCGGCCCCCUCGUAUCCUGAGCUGGGAGCAUUGGAGCCCUGUGUGCCAAUGAGCAAGGACUUCCCUUUGCCCAAGGGCCAGUGCUUUGGGAAGGACGGCAAGAUGAAGAUGCUCUACCUGCACGGUGGCGGCGUGAGCAAGACCGUGGCUCAGAUGCAGCUGAACAGCACCUUCAAAGACCUGCCCAACAAGAAGCAGCUGGAUUGGACCAUUUGGACCGGCCCCCAUGAAGUGCCCCUGGGCUGGAAUGGUGACUACUCCCUGAAGCCCUUCGGCCCCAACUUCAGCGUCUACUUCGAGCGCCUGCCCUUUGCCAACUGCCAGUGGGAGACCUGGGAGGGCCUGGACCACAGCAUCAAGGAGUUCAAGUCCUUCCUCAAGGCCAAUGGGCCUUUCGAUGGCGCCAUGGGCUUCGACAUGGGCGGUGAGCUCUUGGUCCAUGCGGCCAAUUUGGCCACCGAGGGCGACGUCGAGCUUCAGAAGGCCUUCCGCUUUCUGAUCUUGUUCACCUCUACAGCGCCCAAGCAUCUCUCACCCUUGGGGGCGCAGCGUAUUAAGGCGCCCUUGCGCAUCCCAACCAUCUGCAGCUGGGCUACGUCUGAUGAGAACCACCCCUACAUGGAGUAUGAGGAGCUGCCGCUCUUUAUUCACAGAGACUUUAGGGAAGUUGUUGUACAUGGAGAUGGUCACAAGCCAGCUGUGCUCAAAAAGGAUCAAUCUACCCUCUGGCGAUUCGCCCGGUUUUUGUACGCCAUGGAACGAGGCAACGACUUCAUCCCCACGGAUCAUCCGGACAACCUGCUGCGGCGGAGGCUGUGGCUACCCAUCCAGCGGCCGGCUUCGAAGCCUUCCGCGGCGAAGCAGCUGCUGGUGGUGCCGAAUGUCUCGGGCCACGGGGAGGUGGAAGACAUCAUCCAGGCGCUGAAGGCCUCGGAGGCCAAAGGGGAGCCCUUGGAAAUGGAGGGCGAAGCCUUUGUGCGCAGUGGCUCACCACCCAAGCCCCUGCAACGCCUGAAUUUACUCAUGGAGCUCUAUGGAGCUGACCAGGAACUUUUCAAGGGGGCGCCGCUGGAGGUGAAGCAAGUGAGCUUUCCUGAGGCGCAGUCGAUGCAGUGGCACGAUUCCCAGGUGCCAUCCAGACAGCUCAUCAGUAAAGACCUCAUCUUGGAGGACAUGGGGCCCAAGGCCCAGCAGUUGGCCGCACAGAUGUCGGAGCCCUGUGAGGAAGGCUGCGCCUUGGUGGGCUUCGGCGCAGGGGCCUUUUUGGCCUUUGCCAUGGUGCGAGAGUUGGUGUCCCAGAAGCGCAAGCCACAGAGCCUGUGCCUGGUGAACCCACCUCUGCAGGUACCCUGGAGCAUGGUGGAGCCUUGUUGCCUGGAGGAUGUGAGUGUGCACGUGCUGAUGGAUCGCGACUCCACCUAUGGGCCACCCUGGCGAUACGAAGUCGCCACGAAGGGAAACUUCACCACGGAGCUCUAUGAGGAUCUGCCGGACAUGGCGGCUAAGGUCCUGGCAAAGCUGGGUUGAAGUGUUGGAAAGAGGUG